GCCUGGCCCCCCCCCGCCCCCUGAGCUCCCCCGCCUCCCCUUCCCCCUCCCCGCUCACCGCCUGCCUGCCGCGGCUUCCCCCUAUCGCGAUAGUCGCCGGCGGCGCGGGGGGGGGGCCGCCAUGUCGAGCAGCGCUCGCAGCCCUUUGCCGACCGUCAACGAGAGGGACGCGGAACAGCCGGGCGCCGUGGAGGGCAAAGGCGGCGGCAAGGCCAGCAUGCUGCGGGGCCGCAACGCCGGCACGGCCGCCGAGGAGCAGCCCCACAUCGGCAACUACCGGCUGCUCAAAACCAUCGGCAAGGGCAACUUCGCCAAGGUCAAGCUGGCCCGGCACGUCCUGACCGGCAAGGAGGUGGCCGUGAAAAUCAUUGACAAGACACAGCUCAACUCCUCCAGCCUGCAGAAGCUCUUCCGGGAAGUGCGAAUAAUGAAGGUUCUGAACCACCCCAACAUAGUGAAGCUCUUCGAGGUGAUUGAGACGGAGAAGACGCUUUACUUGGUGAUGGAAUACGCCAGCGGGGGCGAGGUCUUCGAUUACCUGGUGGCCCACGGGCGCAUGAAGGAGAAGGAGGCCCGGGCGAAGUUCCGACAGAUAGUGUCGGCCGUGCAGUACUGCCACCAGAAAUUCAUCGUGCACAGGGACCUGAAGGCCGAGAACCUGCUGCUGGAUGCCGACAUGAACAUCAAAAUCGCCGAUUUUGGCUUCAGCAACGAGUUCACCUUCGGGAACAAGCUGGACACGUUCUGCGGCUCCCCCCCCUACGCCGCCCCCGAGCUCUUCCAGGGCAAGAAGUACGAUGGGCCCGAGGUGGACGUCUGGAGCCUGGGGGUCAUCCUCUACACGCUGGUCAGCGGCUCGCUGCCCUUCGACGGGCAGAACCUCAAGGAGCUGCGGGAGCGGGUGCUGCGGGGGAAGUACCGCAUCCCCUUCUACAUGUCCACGGAUUGUGAGAACCUCCUCAAGAAGUUCCUCAUCCUCAACCCCACCAAGAGGGGCACCCUGGAGCAAAUCAUGAAGGACCGCUGGAUGAACGUGGGCCACGAGGACGACGAGCUCAAGCCCUACAUGGAGCCCGUGCCCGACUACAAGGACCCCCGCAGGACAGAGCUGAUGGUGUCCAUGGGCUACACGCGGGAGGAGAUCCAGGAGUCGCUGGUGGGGCAGAAGUACAACGAGGUGAUGGCCACCUACCUGCUGCUGGACCACAAGAGCUCCGAGCUGGAGGAGAACCUGUCCCUGAAGCCGCGGGUGGCCCCGGAGGUGGCCAACAGCUCGGGGCCCUCCCCCGCGCACAAGGUCCAGCGCAGCGUCUCGGCCAACCCCAAACGGCGCGUCAGCGACCAGGCCGGGCUCUCCAUCCCCACCUCGGCCUCGUACUCCAAGAAAACGCAGGCGGCCAACGCGGAGAACAAGCGAGGAGGAGCAGCAGGAGCAGGAGGAGGAGGAGGAGGAGGAGCGGGGGAGGAAGAGGUCGGGGGGCGCCGGGCCGGCAGCACGGCCAAGGUGCCCCCCAGCCCCCUGCCUGGCCUGGAGCGAUCUAAGGGCACCCCCUCCCCGUCCACGAACAGCGUCCUGUCCACGGGCACCACGCGCAGCCGGAACUCGCCGCUGCUGGACCGCGCCAGCCUGGGCCAGAGCUCGCUGCAGAACGGCAAGGACAGCGGGGCUCCCCCCCGGGUGCCAGCAGCGUCCCCGUCUGCCCACAACGUGAGCCAGGGCCCGGGCGAGCGGCCGAGCUUCCCGCGGGGGGUCUCGAGCCGCAGCACCUUCCACGCCGGGCAGCUCCGCGCCCCCCGGGACCCCCGGGACCCCCUGCCCUACGCGCUGCCCCCCGGGCUGCCCCCGCCCGCCUCGCCCUCGGGCGCCAGCCAGGGCCGGCGCGGCCCCUCCGCCAGCCUCUUCAGCAAGUUCACCUCCAAGUUCGUGCGCAGAAAUCUGUCUUUCAGGUUUGCCAGAAGGAACCCCCACGAGCCCGAGAGCAAGGAGCGGGUGGAGACCCUCAGACCCGCGGUGGGCCCCGAGAAGGAGCCGCGCGAGGCCGGGCGCGACGCCAAGCCGCGCUCGCUGCGCUUCACGUGGAGCAUGAAGACCACGAGCUCGCUGGAGCCCGGGGAGAUGCUGCGCGAGAUCCGCAAGGUGCUGGACGCCAACAGCUGCCGCUGCGAGCCGCAGGAGCGCUUCGUGCUGCUCUGCGCCCACGGCGCGCCCGGCCACGACUCCUUCGUGCAGUGGGAGAUGGAGGUGUGCAAGCUGCCCCGGCUCUCGCUCAACGGCGUCCGCUUCAAGCGCAUCGCCGGCACCUCCAUGGCCUUCAAGAACAUCGCCUCCAAGGUGGCCAACGAGCUCAAGCUCUGAGCCGCGGCCCGGGCGCCGCGGCUCCGGGGACACGGACACGGCGGCUCCGCGCUGGCCAAGGAGCUCCGGCUCCGAGCCACGGACACGGCGAGCCCAGAGCGCCUCCGAGGUGGCCCCGGAGCUCCGGCUCCGAGCCACGGACACGGCAGGGACGCCCGCGGGGGGACACGGGAGCGCCGGGAUGGAUCUGGGCAUGGAUGGCCUGGAUGGACCUCGAGGGCGCUCCGGGACUUGGUGGGCACAGCCUGGGUGGAGCCAGGAGCUCCUGGAUGGACCUGAGAUGUCCAGGAUGGACCUGAGAGCCUGAGAUAGGCCUGGGAUGUCCAGGAGGAGCCCGGGAGCUCCUGGAUGGACCUGGGGUGUCCAGGAUGGAUCUGGGAGCCCGGGAUGGACCCGGGAUGUCCAGGAUUGGCCCGGGAUGUCCACGAGGGACCUUCUGUGGGGUCCAGGAGCAUCCUAACUGGACCCGGGACCUCCAGAGGUCACCUGGCUGGACCUUGUGCGGGGUCCAGGUGUCCGUGGGGACACCCUGGAUGGACCCGGGAUCUCUGGAGCUCACCUGGCUGGGCCUGGGACCACCGGGAUGCACCUGAGGCCGUUCUGUGGCCUCCAGGGCCCUGUGAGGAUGUGGGGACAUCCCGGGUGGGCCUCUGGGGACAGGGCCAGGGUGCCAGGGGCCCCUGGGAGCUGCUGGGGACAUCCCGGUGGCCCAGGGACCUGGGGGCAUCUUCUGGGCGGGGGGAACAAGGCCGGCCUGAGGACAGGGACACAGCCGGGGUGGCCCAGGGACCUCUGGGGACAUCGUGGGGACAUCGUGGGUGGCCCCGGAGCCCCCGGGGAUGUCCCUGGUGGCCCUCGGGGACAGCCGGGGUGGCCCGGGGCGGCGUGGGGACAUCCCGGGACAGUCCGGGGGUGGCCUUAGGGGGGUGGGGGUGUCCCCUCCCCCCCCCCCGUGGGGAUGUCCCCUGCCCCUCCCCCCCUUGGGACAUUCUGUCCCCUCCCCCCGCACUCAGGAAGGCCCCGGGGGGGUGGGGGGAGGGGCGGGGGCGCUGCUGCUGCCGGGGGUGGCUCCGGGGUGGGGGUGGGGCGGCCCCGCCCUCCUCCCCUCCCCCACUUUUGUCCUGCUGUUGCCCCGCCCCUGGGGGUGGGGACACUCCGGGGGAGGGGCCAGGCCCAGGCCACGCCCCCUCUGCGGUGGAUUUUCCAGGUUCUAAUUAAAAACUUUCCAGAAAGA